AGCCUGAGUCAGUCUAGAGUCAGUAAGAGAAAUGUAUUGCCUAUUUUUGAAAAUGGAGGAUUUCUUGGAAGGAGGAUCUCCUGCUGUAGAAGAAUCUUUCUCAGGGGAAGCAAAUGUUUGCACUAAGCAGAAUACGCCACUGCAAAAACAACAGAUUCUUCCAUUGCCAAGCCAAGGCCAUAAGUGGAAAAAGAAGAUGCAACAAAUAGAACGUCAGCUGAAAUGUCUGGCAUUUCAGAAUCCAGGUCCUCUCCUAGCAGACUUCAAUCCAGAAACUCGGGAGCAGCAGAAAAAAGCCUGCAUGUCGAUGAUAAACCAGGAUUGUUUUAAUACUCCAAAGAGAACUGUGAAAAAAUAUGACAAACAAGGCCGGCUGCUCUCCAAUAAAAUAGAUCUGUGCGACUGCCUGGAGAAGAACUGCUUGGGCUGCUUCUACCCUUGCCCGAAAUGCAAUUCCACCAAAUGUGGGGCGGAAUGUCGCUGCAACAGAAGAUGGGCUUAUGACCAGAUUCAGAUAGAAGCUGGACAAAUGAUCCGAUUUCCAUUUUGACACAUUCCACUUAUGCCCUAGGCCGGCCGGCCUCCUUCUGUGAAGCAGCCACUGAGCAUUUUAUUUAUUUAUUUUGUUUAUUUAUUGAGUGAGUGGAUGAGUGAGUCGUAUGGGUGAUGUGCCCUGUCAGAGAGAGAGAGGGAGAGAGAAGUAAAGAUGUGUAUCAAGGCCCUCAUGGAAUGGCAUUUUGUUAGAACAAAGCAAUCCUUAGUGGAGAAGUUCAGAGGUGGGAAAAACUACUUUUUCUAGACUACAGCUCCCAAGAAUCGUCUAGUCGACAUGGCCAUGGCCCAGUCCCCUCUGAAGUUCAAAGUAUGCAACUGCCUGUAUUUGGAACAUGCUUUGGGAGUACUAAGGGGAAGAGGGAACACUGCGUAUGUUGGAGUCUAGAAAUGGCAGAUAGAAGUGAGGAGGACUAUGGGAGGAAUAAAGGCAUUUUCAUUCCAUUUCCUUCUUCUGAAAACAAGUUGCUUAUCUUAGUAAACUAACACCAGGGCUCCAUCCCAGCCAAAUGUUCAUUAUGUAUAGAAGUGUGUGUUUUCCCCCAGUUUAAGCAAGUUAUGAUUAGGCUACUAGAAGGCUUAUUUAAUCCCUUUCUUCUCUUCUUUACAGAAAGGGGGUGUGUGUUUAAAUU